AUGGCUGCAGAUCGGCUUGCAACCGAGGCUCGCAGCUUCGCGAGCUACCUCGCUUCGCACAUGGCCUUUGUUGCCUGGCUGCUCUGGGUGUUCACUCCCGAUGAGCGGUUACAAAGUUGGGGCAUCUCCUACUAUCCAGAUCGGUGGUGGGGAGUGGCACUUCCCGUUUACGUGAUCCCAUUGGCCAUCUUCGUGUUCCUGACCUACAAUGCCUUGAACAUGCUUUCGGCUUGCCCGCUGGACUCCGUGAACAUGUACCGAGAUGCCAGCACUCCCCUUACAGACGAGCUUUUCGCAACAGCUGGUGACAUCCCGGACUUACAGGACGUGUCCCUCUCGACUGUGAACCGAAAUACCGUCUUACAGCGAUGCGGAUCUAUCCAGGUGAACUAG